AUGGACACUAAUAAUUGGUCUCUCGCAAAACUACCGUAUGGCCUCCCCGAGGCCACGGUCCCCGACUUCGUCGACUUGAAGCCACUUGCAGAGUACUUCCGAAUCGCACUGGACAACCUGCAAGAGGACCACUUCACCAAAGGCGCAAUCUGGCGGGACCUGUUUGCCCUGACCGGAUCGUCGCGAACCUUCUACACGGCUCAAUCCAUCGCAGCAGCAUGGCAGGCGACGUCGCAGACGCACUCGCCGUCAAGAUUUGUCCUCGAAGGCGAGCCCCGGGUUAUCCGGAUGGGGACCGUGGGCUGGGUGGAAAUCAGCUUCUCCUUUGAGACCUUCGGGACGCCUGCUACGAUUGACUACGGGUUCGUAUCUGUUGUCCCGGAGCCGGAUGGCAAGUGGAGGAUCUGGUUGCUAAGGACUAUUCUGGAGCAGCUCAAGUCGCAGCCGAGUGUGGAUUUUCUCGAGCCGGCUUCUAGUGGUGCGGUGGCUACUACUACUACUAAUGGAACUCGUGGGAAUGGGCUUGUUACCACGAACGGGCAUGACCAGCCGCUCCAGAACGGUCAAACGAAUGGCCAUAAAGAGUCCUCUAAUCCGGAAGACAUCUUUGAGUGCGUGAUCAUUGGUGGCGGGCAGGCGGGCCUAAGUGUAGCUGGGCGACUCAAAGCUUUGGGUGUAUCGUACGUGAUACUAGAAAAGCACGCGAAUGUUGGGGAUAACUGGAAGACGAGAUAUGAUUCUACCAAACUGCACACGAUCCGGGAAUUUGCUCAUCUACCCUUUGAACGGACCUUCCCUGAGACUUACCCAGAGUGGCUUACGAAGGAUCAUCUGGCCGAGGGAUAUAUCAAAUGGGCAAAGACAUAUGAUAUACGUAUCCGGCUAUCUACCACCGUGACCUCCGGGUCAUGGGACGCAGAAGACAGCACUUGGACCCUGGAGACGCUCUGUAACGGCGAGAAGUCGACCGUGCGCGCUUCUUAUGUCGUGUUUGCCGUGGGGGGCAACUCUCAGUUCCCUGUCGCGCCGACGUAUGAUAAUCAGGAGGCUUUUAGUGGCAUCGUUAUGCACUCGGGAGACUAUAAAUCCGCCAAUGCGUGGAAGGGGAAGCAUGGAGUUGUGGUUGGGACGGCGAAUACCGCACACGAUGUCGCCGAGGAUAUGCUCCAAGCUGGGCUAGCAUCCGUAACCAUGAUCCAACGAUCCAAGACAUUCGUAGUACCAUCAGAGCAUUACCGAGAAACGCAAGAUAGGGUUUACAACAACUCAAUGCCUAUGCCAAUAGCCGACCGGAUAUUCUUCUCUGGCCCAUCCGUCCUCGGACGUAUCUUGGGAACACGUGCAUUGCGCGCCAAAGCCGCACUGGAGCCCGAGAGAUUCGAUGCGCUGGAGAGGGCCGGGUUCCUGCUCGAUCGCGACGGGGAAGUCAGCUAUUACCUCUUUGAGCGAUUCGGGGGGCAUUACAUGGAUGUGGGGACGUCUGCGAAGAUUGCGAAUGGACAGAUCAAGGUAAAAUCAGAUUCCCUCCCAGUGUCCUACACCAAAGACGGACUCCUCUGCGCAAACGGCGACCACAUCCGCGCCGACGUCGUCGUCUUCUGCACCGGGUUCGUCGGGAACCUGCGCGUGCUCGUCAAAGAGCUAUUCGGACCCAUUGUCGGCUCCCAGGUCGACGACUUCUGGGGGCUCGACGAGGAGGGCGAGGUUAAAGGCGCCUUUAAGCCUAGCGGACAUCCGGCGUUCUGGUAUAUUGGCGGCGCGGUCGGCCAGGCGCGGUAUAUGUCCCGCUUCAUUGCGCUACAGAUCAAGGCGAAGACGCUCGGGACGCCGCUGCCGCUUUAUACGCUGACACCACCCCGGAAUCCGAGUGAGAAGAAGGUGUGAGGCGAUUGGAUGCGUGGUGGAAAUAGCACGAUACAUUUUUUGCACAGCGGAAAUAUACUUCAAUAUAUGCCUGAAUAUUAUCUGACAAUUGUUCUCAUGUUAUUUUCUCUUCUAUUCCCGUGCCGAGGAAGCUGCUGAAGUGAAUUGAAAAACGUGAUAGUGUGUACGUUUAUCGCAAGUUAGAUACAACACCGACAAAAUAAUUUACUAAAUCCGGGGAAAUAUGCUGGCUGUAUCCAAAGUCGAGCAGUUCACGCCGAGGUGAAAGAUGAUCUUGAAAUCUGUUCCCA